UUUCAUCCGUGUUCGUAGCUAGCGAGGAAUGGCUAGCCUCACGAAAUUGAAUCCGUCCUUGUUCUUCACCGCGCGUGGCCACCACCUCCGCCGCCAUGCCUACUGUUGUUCCAGGCUUGCCUUGAGAGGCCCGAAGGGUGUCAUAGCUGCUGCUGCUGCUGGGGAUCCUCCUCCUCCCCCCAGUUCCAGAGCAGAUGCGGAGAAUGCCGGCGUGGCGGGUUUCUGCAUCAUCGAAGGGCCAAACACAGUGCAGGAUUUUGCAGCCAUGGAGCUGCAGGAAAUUCGUGACAACAUCAUGAGCCGCCGCAACAAAAUCUUUCUGCUCAUGGAGGAGGUGAGAAGGCUGCGGAUCCAGCUGCGAAUCAAGAACGCAGAGCAAGGAGUGGAAGAUGACAGGGAUACGCCCGAGUAUCCAUCGUCCAUUCCCUUCUUUCCUCCACUCAAAACGGAGACCUUGAAGCUCUACUACGCAAUUUGCUUCGGCCUCAUCGCAAGCAUCAUGCUUUUUGGAGGCCUUCUCGCCCCUUCCUUGGAACUCAAGCUGGGACUGGGCGGUUCUUCGUACAAGGAUUUUAUCCAGAUGCUGCAUCUUCCGCUCCAGCUCAGCCAGGUGGAUCCAAUUGUGGCUUCCUUCUCGGGUGGCGCGGUGGGCGUGAUCUCGGCUCUAAUGGUGGUGGAGAUCAACAACGUGAAGCAGCAGGACUACAAGCGGUGCAAGUACUGCGUAGGGACCGGCUACCUCGCCUGUGCGCGCUGCUCUGGAACUGGAACCGUCUUGAUCCUGCCCGACACAGCUUCGCCAGAAGUGCCAGCAGCAGCAGGAGGAGGAGGAGGAGGAGGAGCAGCAGCAGCAGCAGCAGCAGCAGCAGCGAGAGGAAAAUCGAAAAUCCGCCGGACGACCACGCAGAGGUGUCCCAAUUGCUCGGGAGCAGCCAAGGUGAUGUGCCCGACUUGCCUGUGCACGGGAAUGGCUCUGGCCAGCGAGCACGACCCCCGGAUCGACCCAUUCGACUGAGAUGUCGCUGGAUAUGCAUUUUGGCUAUAUAAUCUUAAGUGGGCCGACCUACUAAGUAUGAAAAUUUGUGCCAA